UAGAUUUUAUUAUCUUAUGAAUGUUGCUGGUAGGGUAAAUAUAAAGGCCAUGUGUAACACCAUGAAGCUUAAUAGAGUGUUCCUUCAUUCUGCUAUUACACUAAAGGCACAAGAAGACAAAAAUGAGCCAGUGGUAUUAAGCCAGAAAGCGAUUAAAAGUGGAAACAAUCGCGCAUUUAUGGCAAUGGUGUUAGUGAAAGAAUGCUGUCGUGACAAUGCAUGUGAGAAGACUUCAUACAUGUUUCUGCGGAAGGAACUUCCUGUGCGACUAGCUAACACCAUGAGAGAAGUCAAUUUGUUGCCUGAUAACUUACUUAACAGGCCUUCAGUUGGGCUAGUGCAGAGUUGGUACAUGCAGAGUUUUCUUGAGCUUUUAGAAUAUGAAAAUAAAAGUCCUGAGGAUCCUCACGUUCUGGAUGAUUUUUUAGAUGUUUUAAUUAAAGUCAGGAACAGGCACAACGAUGUGGUUCCAACCAUGGCACAAGGGGUGAUUGAAUACAAGGAAAAAUAUGGCUUUGAUCCAUUUGUUAGCAGUAACAUCCAGUAUUUUCUAGAUAGAUUCUACACCAACCGCAUCUCUUUCCGUAUGCUUAUUAACCAACACACUCUUCUUUUUGGUGGAGAUAUUAAUCCUGCUCAUCCCAAACAUAUUGGAAGUAUUGAUCCUAAUUGUAAUGUGGCAGAGGUGGUUAAAGAUGCUUAUGAAACAGCUAAGAUGUUAUGUGAACAGUACUAUCUGGUGGCACCUGAUCUGGAAGUUGAAGAAUUCAAUGCUAAAGCUCCAAACAAGCCUAUUCAAGUAGUCUAUGUACCUUCUCAUUUGUUUCAUAUGUUAUUUGAAUUAUUCAAGAAUUCAAUGAGAGCUACAGUGGAAUUGCAUGAAGGUAAGAGAGAAACCUAUCCAUCGAUCAAAACCUUAGUCACUUUGGGAAAAGAAGAUCUAUCUAUUAAGAUAAGUGAUCAAGGUGGAGGUGUACCUUUAAGAAAAAUAGACAGAUUGUUUAACUACAUGUACUCAACAGCACCCAGGCCUAGUUUGGAACCCUCGAGAGCUGUGCCUUUGGCUGGUUUUGGCUAUGGCUUGCCAAUUUCUCGGCUGUAUGCUAGGUACUUUCAAGGUGACCUUAAACUCUACUCAAUGGAAGGCGUUGGUUCAGAUGCUGUAAUUUAUUUGAAGGCCCUUUCAAGUGAAUCAUUUGAAAGACUUCCUGUUUUUAAUAAGUCAGCAUGGCGACACUACAAGACCACACCUGAAGCAGAUGACUGGAGCAAUCCUAGCAGUGAACCAAGGGAUGCUUCUAAAUAUAAAGCUAAUCGAUAAUUUGCCACCUUUUGUCUCUGUUAGAGAUGACCUCUGCGUUCAGUAUAAAGUCUCUGCUUUGUUCCAAAAUCCUUCAAACCACAAUAGCUAAUUGUCUCCAAACAAAGACCUAAUCAGGGCAUUGAAAAAUACUAAGAACAAAGUGAUGAUUGGGACUUAAAGGAAGGCACUAAGCACGUUUGGUAUGUGAAUCCUGUCUACUUCACCAGAAUAUGCUUGGUUCCUUCAGUCAUGCAUUGACAAAAGGGAUUGCACUGUGAUUGCACUUACGAAUAAAAUGUUGUAACAAAAAGAUACUAUUUGAACUGCCAAUUUUUAUUCCAAUAUAAGGAUUGGCAAAGAUGUGCAGAAUCCCUUUAAAAUGGUGAAUAGUAUCUUGCACAGCAAUAUGGCGUAAGAGAAAACUUCUAAUGCAGUUAAACAUACGCUCUGAAAAUCCACUCUUUGCUGCAUUUUAUAUUGCACAGUGUCACCUGUUACAGAAAAUCCCUUUGAGCUCUUCAGAUCUUUUAUCUAAUGAGCUUAUAAAUAUGUAGUUCUGCAAAGGAUUGUGCAGCUUUAAACUGAUGCUUUUCCCAGUUUCCCAAACCCAUUUGUCAAGUGCAUACAAAAAUUAUGUUGUUACAAGACAUUGGGACUUCCACUUCUUGGUAUGCACCUUAAUGAUUUCACUAACCCAGAAAUGCAUUUCUAUACAUUUUUCCUAGUUUUGAGGAAAGAUCAUAAGUGGUUAGAUCAUCUCUCCAUCCGGGAAAUACUGUCAAUACAGGGGCAGGGGGUAAUUCCAUUUCAUGUUUAUUGCCUAUGAUUUGUUGGGGGAUGGGGAGGGGAGAGAAAUGCUGAAAGGCCGGACAGCCCGUCAUACAAAUGAAUUUGCCUUAAGAGUGUUGGUUGCUUGGAACCUGAUUAGUUUAAAUCCUGUAAAUAGUUUGCAAAGUUAUUUAUAUAUUCAAUGUCUGACUAUAGUCUGGUAAUCUGAAUUUGUAGUGUAUAUAAAGAUGUUGUACACCAGCUUUUGGAAAGCGUCAUUGGUCUAAAUACAUGAAACUGGAAAUAUCAUAGAAAUGGGAGGGACAAAACAUAGCUGGUACCUGAUUUAAGGGGGGGAGAAAAACAAAGAGAAAAAACCCUAAGUACUUACCCCUUAAAUGUGCUGUAAAGGUUAUUUCAGAUUAUUAGGAAACUGUUCUUCACCAAGUCUUUGCCAAAUACUGUUUCUGAUAUUAUGGCCUUUCAGAAAGAUUUGUGAAAUUUAGAAGUUCUGGUGACAUCCUAGCCAUGGGAAUAAAGUAGAUGAGUUGUAAGCAACUCUGAUGCACCUUCAGUUUCUCUUAGGUAUUUAGAUAUUUUUUUGAAAGGUACUGCAGAUUUUAGCAUGGAAAAAUGAAACUUGUUUACUGAAACUUUAGGGGAACUGUCCCUUUUGUCCUCCUGAUAUUUAUUUUUAUAAAGAACUGAUCUGUUUGGCAAACAGGGAAAAGUUGAGGAAUUCCUAGGUAUUUUUUAAAAAAUGUUGGUUUGACUUAACAGUAAUACUUUGCACUUAGGUAGCACGUUUCGUCAAAGGAUUACAAAGUGCUUUGAGCAAUAAACUCCAUAUAGCCCUGUUUCUGAGGAGUCAGAGUCCUUACCUUGCAAACCCUUGCUCUUACCUGUUGCAGUCAGUUCAAGAAUUUUUACUUGAAUAGUUCACAAGUUUGCAGGGCUUGAGGUUCUGCGGGCUCUACUACACUGUACAGAUAAGUAGUGUUGGAGCACCAGGUUGUUUUAAGGCUUUCUCACAGGCAUCUCUGCAGAGCGCUGCCAUACUGGUCAGAGAUGGAAAUAACCUGGACGGCUGCUGAAGGCUGUCUGACCCAUUAGCUGGGCAGUGGUGCCCUUCUGCGGCCCCUCUGCCCGCAGGUAGGAAGGAGGAGCAUGUGGAUGGGGCUGUCCUCCUUGUUCCUGAACUGGGCUCAUUUGACCCUGGCUAGGGGAGGGUGUAACACGUGGUCUCCAGAGCAAUAAUUUCCCAUGACUGCAGGCACUGCUGCAGAGAAGGCAAAUUGCUAUUCAAGCAAUACAGUGAUGCUGCUGGGGUGAAAUCAGAGUAAUCAUUUGACUGAAACACCAGUUGGAAGUCACAUCUACUAAAAUUUAGUCACUUCUGCUCUCACUCAUAACUUCUUACUGUUCUUUAAAUUCACUUCAAGUUGUGUAUGCUUUCUAGUAAUGGCAGAGGAGAGCUUGCUUAAAAAUAGAAAUUUGUGAUGAAACUGCUAUUUUCCCAGUUGCGUGUGGUCAGUUUUUCCUAGAACAUUACCUAAAACAUUCCAAGGAGUAAGUUUGUUUAAGAAGCUGAGUUUCAGCUUUUGUUAGCAAUCAUAUUUUGUGGUAGUAAACCCUGACCUGGUGCUUCUUUUUGACUGUCUCCUUAUACAUAAAGAGGAGGGGAAACAAAGUUUAAAAAAAG